AUGACGCUAUUACCGAGUUCCUUAGACUCCUGCAGAACCCCUUUGCCUCGCAGCUCUCUACCAGUUCCAUCUACGCUGCCAUUGUUUCUUCCUUCAGCAUCACCGCCGCCGUUGCCCUUGGUUUCUCCCUGGUUAGGCCGCUCAAUACUGUCGUAUACGCUCCCAAACUCAAACAUGCCGAUGAAAAACACGCCCCCGCCCCAGCUCGGGAAGGGCAUCUUUUCCUGGAUCAAGCCGCUGUGGACGACCACGGAGCAGGAUUUGGUGAAGCUGGUUGGCAUGGACGCCACCAUCUUUAUGCGCUUUACCAGGAUGUGCCGCAACAUCUUCUUGUCCCUUGCCGUCCUGUGUUGUUGCAUUCAAAUUCCCAUAAAUUGGUAUAAGAAUGCCUCACCUGAGUCGCCUUGGCUGCAAAGGGUGACCCCCAUGAACGUGUGGGGCAAGUGGCAAUGGGCUACAGUUGUCAUGUCCUGGGUAACUACCCUGAUUGUGUGCUUCUUUCUUUGGUGGAACUACAGGAAGGUUUGUCAGUUAAGGAUCCAGUAUCUCAGAAGCGAGGAGUACCAGCAGAGCCUCCACGCCCGUACGCUCAUGUUGUACGAUAUCCCCAAAAAUAUGACUUCGGAUGAAGGUAUCGCCCGAAUCAUUGACAGCGUAGCACCGAGCUCGUCCUUCUCGAGGACUGCUGUCGCACGCGACGUCAAGAUUUUACCCGCUUUGAUCGAGCAGCACGGUGAGACCGUCCGGAAGCUGGAACGAGUGCUGGCCAAAUACCUCAAGGACCCCAAGAACCUCCCACCUACCAGGCCAGUCUGCCGGCCCUCCAAGAAAGACCCUUCGUUCUCAACCUAUCCGAAGGACAAGAAACUGGAUGCUAUCGACUACCUCACCCAACGUAUCAAGUUGCUGGAGCUGGAGAUUAAGGAGGUUCGCCAACGGAUUGACAAGAGAGGCUCCAUGCCGUAUGGCUUUGCGUCUUAUUCUGAUAUAAGUGAAGCGCAUGCGAUUGCCUAUCUCUGCCGAAGCAAGAAACCGCAAGGUGCAAGGGUUACUCUCGCUCCCAGGCCUAACGACAUCGUCUGGGAAAAUAUGCCACUCAGCUCGGGCUCUCGCGCCAUGAGGAGACUAUGGAAUAACUUAUGGAUUACUGUUCUCACCGUGGUAUGGGUCGCCCCCAACGCCAUGAUUGCCAUCUUUUUGGUCAACCUGAGCAAUCUCGCACUUGUUUGGUCUACCUUCCAGAAAUCCCUGGAAGAGAACAGAACUUUCUGGGCCAUUGUACAGGGUAUCGCUUCUCCAGCCUUGACUUCCCUGGUUUACAUGGUGCUCCCCAUCAUUUUCCGGCGGUUAUCUAUGAAGGCCGGCGACAUGACCAAGACCGGUCGUGAACGCCACGUUGUCGCCAAGCUUUAUUCCUUCUUCGUUUUCAACAAUCUGUUUGUAUUUUCCCUGUUCAGCGCGCUCUGGUCCUUCGCGGGCAGGGUGAUUAGCGACACCAUGGACAGCGAGGAUAAGAAUGCAUGGCGAGCUAUCCUCAACGCAAAUUUUGGAACCACGGUCCUCAUCGCGCUUUGCAAUAUCUCUCCCUUCUGGGUUUCUUGGCUCAUCCAGCGUCAGCUUGGUGCUGCCAUCGACUUAUCGCAGCUUUGGAAGUUGAUCUACGGCUCUAUAAUGCGAAAGUUUUCGAACCCGACCCCAAGAGAGCUCAUCGAGCUCUCGGCACCUCCCCCUUUUGAUUACGCUAGCUACUACAAUUACUUUCUCUUCUACGCCACAGCCGCCCUCUGUUACGCUCCCAUCAUGCCGCUUGUUCUCCCGGCGGCAGGGGUAUACUUCGCCAUUGACGUUGCCCUCAAAAAGUAUUUGCUGAUGUACGUCUUCGUCACGAAAACGGAGAGUGGAGGAAUGUUCUGGCGCAUCUUGUUCAACCGCGUCCUUUUCGGAUUGAUGCUAUCUCACCUGGUCGUCUUCUUAGUAGUGUGGGUUAGAAACGGGGACCAUACUCUAGCUUACUCCGUCGCCCCGCUGCCAUUUCUGAUGAUCAUCUUCAAGCUCAUCUGCUCACGGCUGUACGACAAUAAGAUCACAUACUACUCCACGCGAAUCAUCAAGCACGACAACGCUGAGGAGGGUUUCGGCCUAAAAGAACAAGGCCUCAAAAAUGAUCGUCUGGCCUCGCGCUUCGGCCACCCUGCCCUAUACAAGCCGCUGAUCACACCCAUGGUGCACGCCAAAGCUCAGAAUAUACUGGCAAGCAUUUACCAGGGCAGACUGUCCGACGGCCGUGAUGCAGGACCUGGCGACUCAAUGUCUGUGAGCGGGUAUAGCGACACUUACGCCCUGGACAGUAUGGCUUCUGGAAAGGUCGGGAAAGUGUCGUCCGCGGUGCCCGGGUUCGAGGUCGUCCCCGAGUCCCGACUGGACUUUGAGUUCUACAAGAAUCGUGACGAAUUCGCUGCUGACCAUGGUGCCGGCGAGUUGUUCGGACAAGCAUCUGAUAUCGUCCGGCCAGACACACCAGGAACCGUAGCUACGGGAUCCGACAACAACUCUCGACCAGGUACACCAGUAGGGGGGAUGGGCUUCGGCAACAACCGCAGGCUCUUUUCGAACCAGUCCGAUAUGGGCAACACUGCUUAUGGUGGCGGAUACAUGUCUCCGUCGCAACAAUACUCGUACAACAACCAGGCGCCCUAUUCACCGCCCACGCUAACUCCUGGCGAGGCGCCCGGUAGAGGCCGAAGCCCCCUGUAUCACAUGGGUGACAACGGCAAUGAUAGCUCGAGCAACCUCGUCUACAACGCGGCGGGCAUGCCAACUUCAACACCAGCGGGUCUCGAUGUCUCGGACGCCGGCCUCCACCACGAACAGAGUUUCGAUAGCUCCAGGUCUCGCGGUCCACUGGGCGGGUUUAGUAUCCCCAACCCACGCGCGCCAGGCGUCUUGGGCGCUUCCAGAUAUGGCUACGGCAACGUACCGCAAACUGACGACGACAUGGUGCAGACGCCGCCGAGCGCGAUGCAGGGCCCGCCUUUUCAGCCCAAUCAGGGCCAGAACGACCCCAUGCAGUAUGACUACUUCAGGGGGAACAGAAGGCAGGGACCUGGGCCUGGUGCGCCAAGUAGGGGCGCGAACGGAAGCGUGAGUGGGAAUAGCUUCUGGGGCGGGAACUAG